AUGGAGAUCGAAUACUUUCUAGGUGGUAACAAACGCCGACGACGUGCUGCUGUUGCAGAAAUAGAACCGUUGAACUUCAUCAUAGGCACAGAAGACUGUUCCAAUAAUCAAGAGUACUGCAACGAGCCACUGAAAGCAGGAAGAGCAUACAAAGUGAAAUCAUUUGCAUGCACGACAUCCGGAUGUACAGAAACACUAUAUUCACAACCGAUUAGGACAGCUCCAGACCCAACGGCAGGAAUAAUAGGCGGAGCUGUGGCAGCUGUUGUAGCCAUUGUCAUUGCAGGAGUUGUUAUCAUCUUCAUGAAACGGAAAAAGCGACUAUGUUUCGCCGGAAAGGAAGUUGAAAAUGGCACCAGAAAAGGAGUUGUUGAUAUGCAAAAUAUAGACACUGAUACAGAUCAUAUUUUCAAACCGUGUCCAGUGAAAUUAUCGGAGUUCCCCGCUUACGUGGAAAACAUGCACAAGGACAGUAAUCUUUUAUUCGCGGAGGCUUACAAUCUGCUGAAAGAACAAAGUCCAUCUCAUCCUGUGACGGCCGCAAAUUCCGAGAAUGAUAGGCCAAAGAACCGUUACACCAACAUCAUGCCUUAUGAUCGGUCAAGAGUUAAACUUCGUCCACUUGAUGACGUGGAAGGUUCAGAUUUUAUCAAUGCCAACUAUAUUCCAGGAUACACCUCUCGCAGAGAAUACAUAGCGACACAGGGUCCUAUGCAGAUGACGUUUGAUGACUUCUGGCGCAUGAUCUGGGAGCAAACUGUGGACACGAUCGUCAUGCUGACAAGACUGGUAGAGAAAGGACGGAGGAAAUGUAUUGACCAGUAUUGGCCGAACCUGAACGACCCAGUCUUCUACGGUGAUCUGAUUGUCUCAAUCCAGUCCGAAUCCAACCUUUCAGACUACACGCUACGCAUUUUUGAACAAAAAGAAUGCCGGACUGUAAAACACUUUUGGUACUUGAAAUGGCCCGAUAUGGGCUGCCCAGAUGACCCAAAGAUGCUUCUAGACUUUGUGAAGACUGUCCGAGAACACAAAGUAAUGCCUGGAAAUGAUAUUGCUUCUGUUGUUCAUUGCAGUGCUGGCGUUGGGCGGACCGGAACCUACAUUGCUGUUGACCAUCUUCUGCAACACAUUCGUGACCAUGACGACGUAGAUAUCUAUCAACUAGUUCUAGACAUGCGUGAUCACCGGUGCAACAUGGUGCAGACUGAGGACCAGUAUGUAUACAUCCACGAAUGUCUGAAAGCGUUCAUAACAACGGACGAUGAGACUGAGGACGAGGAAGAGGAGGAACAUGUGUACCAGAACACAAAGUUUUGCGGUGACAAUAUCUACGAAAACACGGCAUUUCAACAAGACUAAUGUGAGACAUGGGACAUAACUCUGCAAGCAUGUUUCAUAAACCAAAUAGAUGAAUUUGGGAGUCAUAACAUAUAUAAAGACAAAUAUGAGAUAUUAAUUCGGUGGUCUAUCUUGCCUUCUGGUGAAAGAAUGCUGUAUUAUGAUUAUGAGAGUUAAAAUGUUGCAUUUAUUUAAUUAACCCAUUUAUGCCUAGCGUCCUGAAAAAAAGGACAUUGCAAACAGCGUAGACCCAGAUGAGACGCCGCAUAAUGCGGCGUCUCAUCAGGGUCUACACUGUUUGCUUAAACGAAAUUCUGUAAGAAAUAUUCUAAAAAUAGAAAUAAAUAUACCAGACAUCCCUAAUUUU